UCAAAAAAUCGGUUAUUCUAGGAAAAAGAAAGCAUUUGAAGGAAAACUCACGAUCCAUAUACUGGUACUCUGCUGAAAUCAGAUCGCCGAGUUCAUCCCAUUUCUACUAAUCUUACAAUCCUUUAAAUGUUCUUCAAGCGUAGUAAGAAACCCUUAAUCAACCGUUCUUCCACUUCCAAUCCUUUGCUUUUUUACUUGAACAAAAUGCUUAAAUUUAUCAAGUUAAGUCCCUCUCGGAUCAAAGAUCUUCUUUUGAUAGUUUCCCUUUCCAUUUCCCUUUUCCUCGUAUUCCUCCACCCCCAAAUCCCUCUCCCACUCGCCGUAACAGCCCCAUCCCGUUCCCCCACGCGCCGCCACCACCUCCUGUUCUCCAUUGCUUCCUCAGCCGGCUCUUUCCCCCGCCGGAGCUCUUACAUUCGCCUUUGGUACACUCCACGCGACACCCGCGCCAUUGCUUUCCUCGAUCAACGUUUAUCUUCUUCAGUCGGCCCUAAUCUCCCUCCUAUUGUCGUGUCUGGCGAUACUAGGUCGUUUCCUUACACCUUCAAGAGCGGUCUCCGUUCAGCCAUACGCGUGGCACGUGUGGUCAAAGAAGCGGUUGACCUUAACGAAAAGGGGAUCAGGUGGUUCGUGUUCGGGGACGAUGACACCGUUUUCGUGGUCGACAAUUUGGUCAAAGUGCUGUCGAAGUACGAUCACGACAAGUGGUACUACGUCGGGAGCAAUUCGGAGAGUUAUGAGCAAAAUUUGAAGUACUCUUUCGACAUGGCGUUUGGUGGGGGAGGGUUCGCUAUCAGUUACUCACUGGGGAAGGUUUUAGCUAGGGUCUUGGACUCUUGCUUGAUGAGGUACGCUCACUUGUACGGAAGCGAUUCUAGGAUUUGGUCUUGUUUGGUUGAGCUUGGCGUAGGUUUGACUCAUGAACCUGGCUUCCAUCAGGUUGAUGUGCGGGGUAGUAUUUUUGGGAUGCUUACAGCACACCCAUUAUCACCUCUUGUGUCUCUUCAUCACUUGGAUGCUAUGGAUCCAAUCUUCCCAAAUAUGGACAGGACUCGAGCUCUGGAACACUUGUUUAAAGCUGUGAAGCUUGAUUCUUCCAGGAUUUUGCAGCAAACUGUCUGCUAUGAUCAUUUUAACUCUUUGACCGUUUCCGUUGCAUGGGGUUAUGCAGUUCAGAUUUAUGAGGGCAACCAACUCCUCCCUGAUCUCCUUUCUGUGCAGAAAACUUUUUCUCCGUGGAAGAGAGGUGCAAGAGUUGAGGAUCACUUUAUGUUCAAUACAAGAGAAUAUCCUAGAAAUUCAUGUCAAAGACCACUAGUAUUUUUCCUAAAAAGUGUUGCAUCGAACAAAAAUGUUGUCUGGAGCAAUUAUACCAGGCAUUCUGAUGGGAAGUGCUUAAGACCAGAUGCUAUAAAGAACCUCAAAGAAGUCAAAGUGGUCUCGCCAGAGCUUGAUAUUGAGCAGAUGAUGGCUCCUCGUCGGCAGUGUUGUGAGAUUUCGUCUUCAUAUAACGAAUCAAUGAUUAUCAACAUAAAAAAUUGUGGAGUUGAUGAAUUGAUUUCCAUGGAUGUCUAGCCCAUCUGUCAGGAUAACUGCUGUCGUGGAAAAACUGAAGCACAAGAAAAAGCAUGCGGAACUUUAGUGAGCUUUUUCUCAAUUCAUGCUGUUAACUAUGAGGUAGUUUUUGUUGUUUUAGAUGUACGUUUGUUGAAAUGAAUGGCUUUAAUCUAACCUCUUUGCUCUGAAAAUUCAAAUUUUUUUGCGAUGUUUCCCAUAUAGUUGCUAAAGGUGUAGUUGUUGUUAGUGGAUGUGAAAACUGCCCAUUUCCAUUUUAAGUGUAAUCAUCACAUGCAAGUUUUCUGAAUGAUGGCUUGUUGGGAAGGUUGAGGCCUGGGUUCUAGUUUCACCAUGCAUAAAUGAUAUGUGGCUUCUCUCCUAGAUUAUUCUAGGUUUAAGUCCCACCAUAUGUGGGCACUGUCCGGAUUUAUUCUGGCCUAGGUCUGGAUACAUUCCAGUUUUUAGCCCGUUAUGCUUUGUAGUGAGUUGAUUCUGGUUCUAGUCGAUUGAACAUGUAUUAUUUGUGAUUUGUAUUUGUGAACUCCCUCAAAAAUAAAGUUUCUGAAUGAUUGACAUGUCUAAGCCUUGUGAGAAAAUGUAUUUUAUGAAUAACACAGUUGCAUUUUCUAAUGGUUUCCAUUCAUUAUCUCAGGAGAGGAAAAUGGAAAUUCAUGACUAAAAGCUGACCUUUGACAUUUUGUUUUAGCAUUGAGUGACCACUACCUCAAAUAUUGAGUAGCGGAAUGUCCCUUUGAUGAAACGGAAACAGCUACCAUCUUACCAUCGAAGAGUUUAGUAAAACAGUGACUAACAAUGUGACUACUACUUGUUAAAUUGAUACCUUCAGAAUUGAUCAAAGGGGCUAUCAGGUAUGUAAACAAAGAUGAAAAAACCAAUGAUUUUUUUUACACAUCAUGGAAAAAUUCCAUACUGAUUACUAUCCCUGUAUGUUAUCAGCUCGUGAAACAAAUGAAGCUUUCAUGAAAUGUGAACAAUUUUGAUUAUA